UUAGAUUUGAGGUUAGAUAAAAUAUAGUUUCAGUUUAGUGAAUAAAAAAAUAGAUUGAUAACGUUAAGGUCCAUAACAAAAACAGACUAAAUGAGUCAGUGAUCUAUCUACUAUCUUAAAUUUAUUUGUUUUGCAUUCCCAUUGUUAGUAGCUGUUGAUAGUUUAUACACAAAUAGUGAUCUGUAACAUAAUGGUGCUAGUGUUAAAUGGUGUUUUACAGACAAAGAGUCCUCCUAAUACACAAACAUUAUACAAUGCUCAUCCAAUAUAUAAGGAAACGGCCACUCAAUUGUUAUCAAUUCCUAGCAAAAUUGUUGGGCCUGCAGGUUUGUUGUAUGUCUGGCAAAGGGAAUUUGCUGCAGUCAGUCAACAUGACAAGAAUGUGACGAUUCUAGGCUCCGAUGAUGCUACUACCUGCAUACUUGUUAUUCUUAGACACUCCGGAUCUGGUGCAGUGGCUUUAGCACACUUUGAUGGAUUUGGAACACAUGAGGCUGCUUCCGCCAUGGUUGAAAAAAUUCAAGAACUGGCUGUAGGUUAUUCAGGUGGUAGAAUUGAAUUACAGUUAGUUGGGGGAUUUUCAGAUAGACUGGGUUAUUCAGAAGAACUUUUUUACAACAUUAUGGAUGCCUUUCAUAAACAACUGGUUGAAAUUGAUUUAACAUUAGCUUGCGUUGGACAAUUAAACACAACAAUUGUUAAUGGAAUACCAGCCCCUAUUAUAUAUGGAGUUGGGAUAAACAUGAGAACAAAUGAAAUUUUUCCAGCGUCAUUUCCACAAAAAGGCCCCGAAGAGUAUCUCCGCACUGCACGUCAUUUGUUUGGUUCUGAAAAUUGCGAAAUUAUUAACAUUUAUGACUGUAGCUUAGGGCAGCUAAAAAUCGGACCAUUUAAUUACAAGCCACUCAGAGGAGCAAAUCUUUGGUUAGAACAAAACGACGACUUUAUUUUACAACAGCUCUCUACUUCGCCCGAGGUUGAACUACCACAUUUUGUUUCAAACGUUAGGGGUACCGUGAAAUAUAUACAAGAGAAUCCUUUUCCUGCGGUAACUGUUUUUAGAAAUAAUAGGCCACUGUAUUAUAGAAGAGACGAAGAUUCAGGACUUUGGGUUCCGGAUUAUUAAACAAAUUACAAUUUUAUUAUAAAAAUGUUUUCAGAUGUUGAUUGCUUAAAGACAAGUUCAGCGUAUUACAUAUAUUUUAUAAUAAAUCUAUUAAUACUCAAUGUAAUUAAAUUUAAUUUCAAUUAUGCGAAUUAUAAUU